GGGUGAUGGGAGCUGUAGUCCAAACGACAUCCGGGGAACCAAGGCCGGCAUUUAAUGCGUCUGUAAUGUGCGUGACGGAGAGCGCCGCGCGCCUGCCCCCACCUUAGCUCCGCCCCUUUCCGCCGUCAAAGGUCAGAGUUCCCUUCGGCGCUUGAAGGGCCGCCAUGGCGUUCGGCGGCGCCGCUGCUGUCCGGCUGCGGCCUCUCCAGCUGCUGCGGCCGCUGGCGUGGAAAGCGGCGGCUCCGAGCGGCGCCCGUGCCGGUCCGUGAGUUGCUGCUGCUGCCGCCGCUUCCCAUGGGGUGGUGCAGAGAGGGGAGGUGGGGAGGUCACCUUCCCCUCAGGCAGGCGGGUUGUGGGGGUCAACAUCCCUCGGGGGGGGGUCACUGCCCCACAGGUGGGGGUCACCUUUCCCUCAGGUGCGGGGGCCACUUUCUCAAGUGGAGGGGUCACCUUCCUUCAAGGUUCAAUGACUGUCAGAUGGGGGGGUCGCUUCUCCACAGGUAAGGGGGGUCACUACCCCAGGUGGGGAGAUUACAUUCCCCUGAAGUAGGGGGAGUCUCCCUCCCCUCAGGUUUGGGGGCCACUUUCUCAAAUGGAGGGGUCACCUUCCUUCAAGGUUCAGUGACUAUCAGAUUGGGGGGGGGGUCAGCAUCCCUUCAGAUGGGGGGGUCGCUUCUCCACAGGUGAGGGGGGUCACUACCUCAGGUGGGGGGAUUACAUUCCCCUAAAGUAGGGGGAGUCUCCUUUCCCUCAGGUGCGGGGCCACUUUCUCAAAUGGAGGGGUCACCUUCCUUCAAGGUUCAAUGACUAUCAGAUGGGGGGGUCACCUUAGGUGGGGAGUCACCUUCCUCUCAGGUGGGGGUUACCAUGCUCUAAGGUGGGCAGGUCAGUGACUACUAGGUGGGGGGAUGAGCAUCUCCUCACACAAGGGGUUCACUUCUGUACAGGUGGGGGGUCACAUUCCCCUGAAGUAGGGGGAGUCACCUUCCUCUCAGGUGGGGGUUACCAUGCUCUAAGGUAGACAGGUCAAUGAGUACCAGGUGGAGGGUCAGUAUUUCCUCACACAGGGUUCACUUCUCCACAGGUGGGGUUCAGCAUCUCUUCAGAUGGGGGGGUCACCUCAGGUGAGGAGUCACAUUCCCCUCAGGUAGGGGGAGUCACCUUCCUCUCAGGUGGGGGUUACCAUGCUCUAAGGUGGGCAGGUCAGUGACUACCAGGUGGGGGGUCAGCAUCCCCUGAAGUAGGGGGAGUCACCUUCUGCUCAGGUGGAGGUCACCAUGCUCUAAGUUGGGAGGUCAACAUCCCCUCACUUCUCCACAGGUGGGGGCCACCUCAAGUUGGGGGGGUCACUUUUCUCUCAGGUGUGGAGGUCCCCUUCCUCUUCACUUGGGGGUCCAUUGAGCUGGGAGGAAGUUGAGGCUGCGCUGGACCUACGGGUGCCACCAAACACCUGUUUUCUGUGUUUGUAAGAACUUGGUUGCUUAGUGAGGUAGCGCCUACCACUUUGGAACUCCCUGCCUAUUGAUCCCAAGCAGACAUCUUCACUGCACUCUUUUGGCACCUGCUUAAGACAUUCCUGUUUAGGGGAAGCCUACCUAGGUGCUUAGAGGAUUGAGGUGGUUUCUAACCUGUUUCAGUGUUUUUAUUUUUUGUACACUUCAAAGGUUCUCGGUUUUAGCGUCUCUCUUUCCUGCAUACUGCUUUGAGGGUUGUUGUUGUUUUACCAUCAAGUGGUGUAUGAAAUAGAAGAAAUGGAAAGAGCAGCCUGCUGGAUCAGGCCAUUGGUCCUUCUUGUCCAGCAUCCUUUUCUCUCUUUUUUAAAAUACAUUUUUAUUAAUUUUAACAUACAAAUUAUAAAACGUACCACACAAAUUAUUACAAAUACACUUUUUUUGGACUUCCAUCAGCACCUCCGAUGAUCUUCCGUCUUAACUUCUUUUUAUGCAUGACUUAAUAUUAUAUUGUCUUUACCUCUCUUAACUUAUCAUCUCCCCUUUUCCAUUUUUACAAUAUUUCCAACAAUACUCCUCACAGAACGUCUUGAAAACCUACAAACGUCGUCUGAUCAUCACAAAUACUUUUCAUAUAGUUCGUAAAUUUACUCCAGUCUUCGGUAAAUUUCUGGUCCCGCCAGUUUCGGAUCCUUCCUGUUAAUUUGUCUAAUUCUGCAUAGUCCAUCAACUUCAUCCUCCAUUCUUCAAUCGUUGGCAAUUCUUCUUUGUCCAUCAUCCUGUUCUCCCAGGGGCUGACCAGGUACCUGUGGGGAACCAGCAAGCAGGAACUGAGCACCAGAGCAAAAUCCCACACUCAUGGUUUCCAGCAACUGGAAUUUGGAAACAUUUACUGCCUCCAUGUGCUGGGGGCAAAGCCAUUAAUUACCCUCUCCUCCUCCAUUAAUUUGUCUAAUCCAUUCUGGUUGAUGUCCACCUCUUGCCUCCUGUGGGAGCGAGUUCCACAGUUUGACUAUAUGCUGCAUGAAGAAGAGCUUCCUUUUACCUGUCACUCCAUAGCUCAGUUGAUAUGCGAUAGCUGCAUGGUGCUGAUUACACCAAGAUUGCAGGUUCGAUCCCCAUAUGGGAUAACUGCAUAUUCCUGCCAUUACAGGGGGUUGAACUUGAUAAUCCUCAGGAUCCCUUCCAACUCUACAAUUCUAUGAAUCUUCCAACGGUGGCUGCAGCCCUUUUGCAUGCUGGCUUUGGGAGACAGCUCCAUGAACACACAGUGCCUUUAUCACUGAGUAAAAGAUAGUGGGGUAGGGCUGUGGCUUGGUUUUUCACUGUUUUCUAGUUUUCUUUUUGUGCUGUGAAUUUAGUGGGGCUUCAUUCCUGAAUGCCUGUGACCAGAGGGUCCUGGGUCCCAGGUUAGAAUUCCCUGUUCAGUGGCACCGAGGAUGAUGGUGGCUUUAAAAAGAGAGAGAGAAAAAACCAAAGCCAGCUCCUGCCAGCACAAUAUCUGGGCUAUUCAUGUCUUCUCAAUUUUCUCUGUGGCUUCUGUCAUCUUCAUCACCAUCGUCACUUUUAAUUUGCAUACCGCCGUUCUGUGUUGCUAUACACAAGGCAGCUUACAAGCUGAAGAGGCAACAAAAUAUGCAAGAAAUGUCACACACCUUACAACGAUCCAAUACAAAUAAGUCAUAAUUUAAAAAUGACUUAAAAUAAACAUGUAAAAUAAAGAAUAUUCAGUAAUCCAUCAGCCUGUAAUACACAAUAAAAUUAAACUCUCAAAAUAUCAGCCAAUAAUGAUUAAAGAGAAAUUUACUCUCAACAGUUACAAUAAAGCAUUACUAAAUUAUAAUCAAUAAAAAUAACAAGUCAUAAAAUACCAUGAUACAUUAAACUAUGUAAAAAAGAUUGACUUGAACAACAAGGUCACAUAACUUUUGAAAUUAUUAAAGGAAUCCCCCCCCCCCCCGAACUCCUUCCUUCCUUCCUUCCUUCCUUCCUUCCUCUCUCUCUCUCUCUCUCUCUCUCUCUCACACACACACACACACACACACACAGAGCCUUCGCAGUCACUUCUGCUAUUCUUAAAGCUGUGGCCUGGGAGAGGCUUUUCUAGGGUUCCUUCAUGCUAAACCUCCACAUCCCCACCCUUAUUGAUUAGACUCUUCUGGUCAUUCCACCCCUCGCCCCCUAGCUGCCACUGCGCUUUAUGCAGAAUGUUGUGCUCUUUCUGCAUAAAGGGCAGGGAUUUGUGCUUCUGGAUCUCUUUGCUUUAGCUCUCAUUUUGAAUGGCAGGAGGUGACUGAGGAUGGAACCGCCUGUGAUUCUAGACUACAUGCAGGGCAGCUGGAAACACACCCAUGUUGGGGUUGUUUCUGCAGAUUUUCCUGUGUUAUGUGAGCUCGCUGUGUGUUCCCCUACACUUGCUCCACAUCAUUGAUUGUCACAGAAGUAAGAAAAAAUGCAGGGAAGUAACACUACUAGAUCUGGCAAAAGUAUUAGAUUGUGAAGGGGGAGAACAUUGUCAUUUUCAGUGGCAACCCCACUUGUUUUGCCGUGAGGUGAGAGUGCUGCUGAACACAGCUGUACACUUAUUUCCUUAACUGAAUUCAAAGCUUCCUUCAAUGCAGGCCUAAAUGAAUUCAGCUUUUUGUUCUACAGCACUGUACUGUUCCUGCUCUGAACAAUCUAUUCUUUGUAAGCUGCUAUUUCCCCCUGUAGCCUUGGCCUUAACUUGCAUUUCUUCCUCUAGCUUCGGACACGCCAAAAGACUUGCUGCCUGGGCCUUACCCCAAAACUCCGGAGGAACGGGCAGCUGCGGCAAAAAAGUACAACAUGAGACUGGAGGACUAUGAACCUUAUCCAGAUGAUGGCAUGGGGUGAGGUAUACUUGACUCAAAGAUUGGGUGAUGUGGGGAGCUGGGAUUGUGAAAAGCAGAUGCGUCUCCUGGUGUUGUUUGCAGACACUUGGGUAAACUAAACAUAAUAUUCAUACUUCUUGACUCUUCUCUGCCUACCCCACCCCCAGCAAUAAUAGAUGGUUUUCAUGAAGUUCAGUCAGUGGGAAUCCAACCACACCAUCUUGGGAACCCCUUGGACUUUGCAAGGCCAGCCACAAAGGAAGGGACAAUUUUAAGCACAUAUUCAGGUCAAUACUGUCUCUCUCAGCGUGAGCCACAUUUGAGAUAUUUGUUCAUCUUCACAUCAACUCAGCGACUUGGGUUAUUAGUCCGGUUUUUACCAAGGAGUAAUGAAAACUAGGGAAAUGAACCUGCAUUAGCAACAUGAGGUCAGGGCAGCGCCUCAGGAUUUUAAAAUAGGGAAAAUUCCUACCCUAUCCAAACCCACUUGAGAAUGUUAAAAGGUAAAGGGACCCCUGACAAUUAAGUCCAGUCGCAAACAACUCUGGGGUUGUGGCGCUCCUCUCAUUUUAAAUGCCGAGGGAGCCGGCGUUUGUCUGCUUCCACAGACAGUGUUUCCAGGUCAUGUGGCCAGCAUGACUAAGCCGCUUCUGGCGAAACCAGAGCAGCACAUGGAAACGCCGUUUACCUUCCCGCCGGAGAGGUACCUAUUUAUCUACUUGCACUGUGUGCUUUUGAACUGCUAGGUUGGCAGGAGCUGGGACCAUGCAACGGGAGCUCACCCCGUCGCAGGGAUUCGAACCACCAACCUUUCGAUCGGCAAGCCCAAGCGGCACAGUGGUUUAACCCACAGCGCCACCCACGUCCCUGUGUUGAAAAUGUUAGUAGUGUGGGUGGCGCUGUGGGUUAAACGACAGAGCGUAAGACUUGCCGAUCAGAAGGUCGGCGGUUCGAAUUCGCGCCACGGGGUGAGCUCCCGUUGCUCGGUCCCUCUUCUGCCAACCUAGCAGUUCGAAAGCAUAUCAAAGUGCAAGUAGAUAAAUAGGUACUGCUCCAGCGGGAAAAUAAAUGGCAUUUCCGUGCGCUGCUCUGGUUCGCCAGACGCAGCUUAGUCAUGCUGGCCACAUGACCCGGAAGCUGUACGCCGUCUCCCUCGGCCAAUAAAGCGAGAUGAGCGCCGCAACCCCAGAGUCGGUCACAACUGGACCUAAUGGUCAGGGGUACCUUUACCUUAAACUACUCCUUUAGAAUUACAGUCUACACUGUGGGGAAUCCAUAACUGAUAGGGGAGCUUAGAUUUGAAGUGAAGGCAGGAAUCCAAAUGCAACAGGGGUUCUCAACUGGUUUGGGGCAAUGAAUAUAUUGGGUAAUUCUGAGCAAAUCCUGGGGUGCCAGUUGCAAAAUGGUUGCUCUGGGGGUGCGGGUGACAGAACACCAAAUGUUUGCCAUAUCUAGAAAGAGACAGGAAUGCAAAAUGACGUGGGCAUCCCCUUUCCAUCAACAGAAAAAAGGUACCUACGUCAACCACUUCUGCAUUCACUCACAGAGAGCAGUUCUUUGCACGCCUUCUGUGUUCAGAACGGAAGGGAGGGUUGAUGUCCAAUCAUGGCAUCCAAUGAAAUGUGGGCAUGUUUAAGGGGACCUGUUCAGUGUAAGAGAUGCUGAGCCAAUACACACAAGCACUGAGCAGGAAGGGCAAAUAGGCCCUCAUGCAUUGCUGAUUUGGAGGGCAAUAUUUACAGAAACCUUUUUAACAGACUCCAUAGAUACCCAGGGGGUCAGGUUGGUGACUGCUGAAAUACAACAACAUUAAGUCUAAAGUUUUUAAAUGUAAGUAAACAAUUCCAUGUUAAUGUUGUCCUUCUGUAGUAUGAAGCUCUUCAAGACUCAUAAUUGAGAAACAUUGGCCUAAUUCAUGGAGGAUCCUCUCCCUUAGUUCACAUUUGUAAUAAUAUUAAAGUGGCACUAGCUGCCACUGUGACAUAAACUCCCUCUCUCUCCCCUCCUUCCUGAUUGGAAUUUGGAUCUUUUCUAACCCUGUGUUACAUAUUUUUAAUUAAAUACACAACUCCGAAUGGGUUUUGUUUCCAUGACUUAGUGGUAUAUCACACUAUAUCCCACAGAACCUGCAAACUAGGAAAACUGGGAAAUGGUAAAACACAAAUUGCUUUUUACAGGAUGAAAUGGCUGAGUAUUUUUUAAUGCAUAAACAUAGAGUACUCAGAUCUUUAUAGGAUGCUUUACCUGCUGUCUCUUCUGCUCUUGUAUUAUUGUUCUUGUAAGCAUUUUUCUGUUUGUCUAGUGCAAUGGAUUUAUGGUGACUUCCUUAUAUACUUUUCAUAGUUACGGUGACUAUCCCAAGCUUCCUGACCGAUCCCAGCAUGAGAGAGAUCCUUAUUAUCAGUGGGACCAUCCUGAGUUAAGGCGUAACUACGGCGAGACCGUAAGGAUGAUAGUUUUUUGUGUUCCAUUUCUGUGAUUUCAGUUUGCAGUCCAUAUUUAUCUGGGUUAGGGAGAGUACCACCGAGUUGAGACUUUUUACUGAAUCACAUUCUGAUGCUUCCAAGCUCAAAAGAUCUUCCUGUUUUUGAAUUUACUUAGUGUACACACAUUGACACUUUAGAAUCCAAGUUUUGAGUAUGAAAAUGAUAAUUGUAUGUGUUUUAAAAAUAGAUUCUGACCUUGCAGAUAUUUUGCUUUCUGAUUGCAGUGUAUGAAGUCACUCAGUGUCAUCAAUACUUGUGGUGCUUUGCAAUGUAACACAAACUGAGCAGGUCCUUUUCCUAAGAACUUUGUCUAAACAUGGAUAGGGAGGGAGGGGACGGGAAGGUUCUGGUAUUAAGGGCUAAGCAGAAGCAACUGAAGUUAUAGGCACAUAGGAUGUGUUUUCUCCUGGAAACACAGAUUUAACAAGGGAGGGCAAAUAUUAGAGAGAGAUCUUUAUCAGUGGCUUGAAGACUAAUAAGAGAAGGUGCAUGCAUUCAGGGGGAUGAUGUCACCUAGACAUCAUCCAGACUUCCUGCAUUGCAGGGGGUUGGACUUAGAUGAUCCUUGGUUCCCUUCCAGCUCUAUGAUUCUAUGACGUAAACAGCAUCAAGGAUGAAUGGAUGGCUCUGUUUCAAGGAGCAGGAGGUCUCUAAGCAGAUCAGGGCAACAGAGUUGGAGGAGUGAAGAUCACAGGCGAGAGUACCGUAUUUUCCGGCGUAUAAGACGACUGGGCGUAUAAGAUGACCCCCCAACUUUUCCAGUUAAAAUAUAGAGUUUGGGAUAUACUCGCCAUAUAAGACUACUCCUCUUCCAACGCACACCAAAUAAAAAAUUAAAAAACCAGUCUCCAGUCCGGCUCGGAAAUCCACUCCACUUCCCAGUGGCCGGGGCUUCUGGGGCCAAUUUCCAAGCGUAUUUCUGCUUCAUCUAGAGAGCUUGGUGUCCUCUGAUUUAAUUUGUUGUCUUUUUAUCCUUUGGUGGGGAGUUGCUGCCGGAGCUGCUGCUGUAGCCGGCGUAUAAAACGGCCCCCGAAUUUUGAGAAGAUUUUCUUGGGUUAAAAAGUAGUCUUAUACGCCAGAAAAUACAGUAUAUUAAGAUACAAAAUAGGAAAUUUCAUCAUAGGAUGAUGUCUCAUCACAGCAGAGUCCCUUAUUUGCAGAAGAAAUCAGUUUUUUUUGUUGUUGUUUUUUGUGGGGGAAGCAAAACAAGACUGGAAGGGGACCAUGCGAGGAAACUGGGUGAUUCCCCCCCCUUCCUGGUUUUUUACUGGGUCUUCACAGCUAACUUUGUUUGCUUGUCACAUCAGUUCAAGGGGAAGAUUUAUUCCUGCGAUGUGAACUAGUUCAUGUCUAAGCUCCCCCAUAGACAACCCCUGGUUCAUAGUAUUAGCAGUAAACUGUGUGAAGCCCUCUCUCAUCUCCAUAAUAACCCCAAGAUAACUCGCAGGUGGUGUUGGCCAUAUAUAACCACACCUCCCCUUUGUUUUGACCAGCUGCAUUGGCAUUUUGAUAUGUUCAUCCGGAACCGGGUUGACACAUCUCCCACUCUCGUGCCCCGGAACACAAUGUUUAAGUACCUCUUCGGCUUCAUUGGCUUCAUGGUCUCCAUGUUUCUUCUGGGCGAGAUAUUUCCAUCCUACCAGCCUGUGGUGAGUUACAAGUCAGCCUUUUUGAAUAUCUGGCUGUGAGAGCCCUCUAAAGUUCAUACCUAGACUCCAGUGCCCCAUAUCAUCUGUGGGUGGACGGACCACUUUCUGUCUUUUGUUAAAAUAUUUGGGGAACCUCAGGCUAGGGAGUCAUCUGUGCUCCUCGGGACUCUCCCUAAGCCAUUGCCCCUCUCUCCAAGCCACACUUUCUGUUGCCCAGCUGGAAUGUGUCAUUGAACUGUGAUCAUGCCUCUGGUUUGCCUACAUAGAAGAGGGGUGGGGUGUAAAGCUUGUGAGUUAUUAUUAUUAUUAUUAUUAUUUAUUAAGUUUGUAUAUCACCCUAUACCCACAGGUGUAUUCCAGCAUGUGGCUGGAAUGUAAUCUGCUGUAGCACAGUCAGAGUUGCAGCCCUGCAUGGAUCCCCAUAAAUAAUAAUAAUAAUAAUAAUAAUAAUUUAUUAUUUGUACCCUGCCCAUCUGGCUGGGUUUCCCCAGCCACUCUGGGCGGCUUCCAGAGAGACCAAAAGUACACUAAAAUAUCACACAUUAAAAACUUCUCUGAAAAGGGCUGCCUUAAGAUGUCUUCUGAAUGUCAGGUAGUUGUUUAUCACUUUGACAUCUGAUGGGAGGGCGUUCCACAGGGCGGGUGCCACUACUGAGAAGGCCCUCUGCCUGGUUCCCUGUAGCUUUGCUUCUCGCAGUGAGGGAACCGCCAGAAGGCCCUCGGCGCUGGACCUCAGUGUCCGGGCAGAACGAUGGAGGUGGAGACGCUCCUUCAGGUAUACUGGGCCGAGGCCGUUUAGGGCUUUAAAGGUCGACACCAACACUUUGAAUUGUGCUCGGAAACGUACUGGGAGCCAAUGUAGGUCUUUCAAGACCGGUGUUAUGUGGUCUUGGCGGCCGCCCCCAGUCACCAGUCUAGCUGCCGCAUUCUGGAUUAGUUGUAGUUUCCGGGUCACCUUCAAAGGUAGCCCCAUAAAGAAAUGGUGGCCCUGAAAACAAACUAUCCUUGAACCUUGAACUUGGUCUACAAGGAUGGGGUUCUUACUGCUCACAAUAGAUUGUUUGGCAGGUGAUAAUCAUCUGUCUUAAGUGAGAAAUGCCACAUGCAGGUGGCCUUGUGAGCAAACGAAAAGUGGGGGACAUGGUCAGAUUCAGCAUGUGGGUUGGCAGGUAUUUUGUUGCUUUGAAAGGGCUCACUUGGGCCUCUUGGUUCUGUACUCUAUAAAUCUGUAGUGUGAUGAGUUAAUUCUCGCUGUCUCCUGUUCUCUACAGGGCCCAAAGCAAUUUCCCUACGGUGACCUGCAUGUGGCACGAGGUGGGGAUCCCAGCGAAACACCUGUGGUGAAGCACUAUGAGAUAUAAGGAUGGCUGGAACUGCAACUCCUCUUUUAUCCUCUCUGAUCAGGAUUAUCUAUAAAACAAACUGUACACCACUCUUCUCAAGA